GAAGGGGCCUGGGUUGGAGCCCUAACGGGGUGCGGUGGGCGAAUGCUUCUUGAACGCAGGCCCUACUCGGCAUUUCUCCUUUUUUGCCGUUGUCUGGGGUCCUUCAAUUUGCUCUUUUCCUCCACUUAGGGUUCUGUCUUCGCCUCGACGAUGGCCAUGCUGCUGCCGCCACUUUGCCAACCCCGCAGCAUGAGUUGUGCGUCUUUCUCGUAGUCUGAUUUUGCUAUUGCUCUGCCUGAACACUCCGUUUCUCCUUCCCCUUCAGCCAUUCGUGGAGCUACAUUCCCUCCCACUGGAUAUCCUUCUUCUUGACCGUGGUGCGCGUUGUGGUCGCUGGGCGCCAGACGACGGGGUCCGGGCGGGGGCCAGGUAUGGCAGUGGUCUCAGACACGGCCCCUGCGCCCUCUGCCGCCGCCGCCGCCGCGCAGCCUUCGCCAGCCAGCAAUGCUGCUGCCGGUGGCACUAAGAGUGCGUGGUCGCAGGUUGUGCGCGGCGAGGUGUCUCCCGUGGCACCAGCAGAAGCCAAGUCCAAAGGUGGAAGCAGAAGUCAUGCAGCCCCUGCAGUGACAGAGUCGAGCUCUGUUGUAGCAUCGAAGCAUAAUUCUGGAAUAUCUGGGGGUGGAGGGAAAUCCUUAGGGGAGCAAUCGGCUGCACCUGUUAUAGCAGCUACAGGGAUCUUGAAAUUAUCGGAGGAUAAUGCAUCUUCCAGAAUUGAGGAAAGUCCUGAAGGAGAGCAGCAGCAGCCUGAGGUUGAGAUUUUAAGAGGCGAGUUAGGGCAAAAUUCUGUGUCAAUGGCUGCAAGUGGCGGCAGCAGUGGUGGUGAUGUCGUGAAGCCUGCCAAACCCGCUUGGAAGAGCACCAGUAGUACUCUUGGUAAAACCCCUGCAACAGGUCCUGUGAUGGGCGCGGUAACUUGGCCGACAUUAGGUGAUGCACGCCAUUCUAAGACGGCUCCGCCCGAUCAAUCCUCAAACAAUUCCAGUGCAGGGCUUACUCCUGUGAAUCCCACCUCUCAACAGACAAUUUCAGCGGGUCGAAGGGGUCCAAAUGUCAAUUAUGUGGAUCAAUCCUCCUCUCAGGGUAUCAAGCCAAAGGGGAGUCGUAAAGCACAUCAUGCCGAGCACUCGCAUAGAACUGGUUCAGGUACUCCUGGUUUGGCUUUGGAUGUUGCUACGUCUGAAGAUGCAAGUGCCACCUCGAAUUUGGAGCCGUCAGCCCCGAAAAGUGGCAGUGAAGCUGGCUCUAAGCAUGUGUCUGUGAACGGUGGUAGUAGCGAAAGGAAUCGGGGCCAGUAUUGGAGGGGACAGGACCACGGUGGUUUUGGUGCUGGUGCACGACCUAGAUCAAGGGAUCCUGUGCGGUCGAACAAUCAUGGGUGGAACAAUCAACGGGGUUUUCGCAUGAACAAUGGACCCUCGGUGUCUCUUCGGGCUGGUUCAAGGAAUUACAACAAGGUUAUGUUCAACAAUAACAAUGUGUCGGAAUUCGGAAACACACCAGGCGGUGCAAAUACAGGUCAUGGGUUUUUCCCUUCUGGAGCGUCUGGAGGUGGAGGCCCAGGUUCAAGCCCGCCCCUUCGUACCAUGCUGGUGAAGCAAAUCGAAUAUUACUUUAGUAUGGACAAUCUAUGCAAAGAUAUAUUUUUGCGUUCAAAAAUGGACAGCAAUGGCUUCAUUCCUAUUAGUAUUAUUGCGAGUUUUAAUAGGGUGCGACAACUCACAGAGGAUUCUGCUCUCAUUUUGGAUGCACUUCAGGAUUCUUCUUUGAUUGAAGUUAAGGGUGACAAGUUGCGCAAACGCGAUGAUUGGGCUACUUGGUUGCUUCCUGUUUCGCCCCAGUUUACGUCUUCCUCUACUAGCUCAGCGAGCCCUGGGAAAGAGAUUUCGAAUGGUGAAACAUCACAGGGAGUUUCUCUUGAAGCUGCAAGUAAGAGUGCUGCUGAAAAUGAUAGUGCUCCUGAAAGUAAGAAGGCUACUGAAAGUAAGAAGGCUACUGAAAGCAAUAGUGCUACUGAAAUUAGCAGUGCCGCUGAAAGUAAGAGUGCUGCUGUAGGCAAUAGUGCCGCUGAAAUUAAGAUCACGGAUGAAAGUUUGAAUAGUGCUGCCCAAAGUAAGAUCACGGAUGAAAGCUUGGAGGCCAAGUCAGAACAGCUGGAGGAAUUAGUGAAACAGCCGGAGACCUCAGCUCGUCAUUCCGAGUCAUCCGGCAAGUGUUCAAAAGGUGGAGCACCAGGGGAGUUGGUUAUCAAAGAUGCUCCGAAGUCAUCCUCAGGCGCCGGAAGUAGUCAGUUGCCGGCCGAAGGAGUUGGAAGGGUCGGUGCCUUCUCUUCUCCGCCUGUUGGUCUUGCUGCGGUUAUAGAUGUUGGAGCUUCUGUAGAUAACAAUGUUGUGCACACGACUUCAGGAAUUGGUCUGGGAGUAUCUUCGAAUGACCUGAAACAAGGUGGUGAAGAAAAGGAUGCCAGUCGUCAACUGAAGUUGCACAAGACAGAUUUGGAGGGACCUCCUGUGCAGAGCUCAAUCGAAACUGAUGGGCAGCUAGAAAAUUCAGUAUCGAAGGUAGAUUCUGAGCAUGUAGAUCACUCAGGAGAUUGGCUGGUUCACACCGGAAAACGUAGGGGUUCGAGUAACAAGCGACCGCCUACUUCACGGCUUGCUGAACACAAAACAGGAGGAUUAUCUGCUGCUUUUACUGCCAAGGAGAAUACUGAUGAGGAUACCUUUCAACUUGACGAAGAGCUCGAGUCUUCAGAUCGGCCAAAUCUGAAGGACAAUCAACCUGUAUUUAAGAGUGUGCAAGAUGAUGAUGGGGACGAUUCAGAUAUCAAUGAUCGUGAUUUGCAACGACUCAUCAUUGUGACUCAGUUAAGCAAGAAGGCGGCCAGAGGAGAUCGUAAAGGUCCUGAUGGACGCGAUCAUGGUCGUAAGUCCAUAUCAGAUGACCUAGUUUCUGUUAUCAAUGACGGCCUAUUUUUUUAUGAGCAGGAGUUAUUGUCAGGCAAGACAAAGCCACGUACAGCUGUGCAGCCUGUUAAAGUGGCAGUUAACGAAUCUGGUAGACCUAGUAGUUUUGGAGAAACUUCAGGCCGUAUUCAUGGUAGCAGCGCGGGCAGCACUGGAUCGGACGGACCCUUACGUCCACCCAGAGGACAGAUGAGAUCCGCCCGUGGUAGCUUCCAGCAACGUCUUUUCCCAAGUUCUCGAUCUAGACUUACAGCUGAAAGUCCGCCUAGUGACUCUGUUGGUUUCUUCUUUGGCACGACUCCUGAUAAUCAAAGUGUAUCAUCAUCGUACGGUUCAACUCGUAUGGGAUCAUCACCUUAUGGUACUUCCCCCGGCGGUGGUUUCAUGCCAGGCUAUAGCCCACCAGUGGGAUCAAUUCCGAAGUCCUUUCCCCAUUUCCAGCACCCGAGUCACGCACUUCUUGAAGAUAACGGCUUCAAGCAGCAAAAGUAUGCGAAAUACUACAAGCGAUGCUUAGUGGAACGGAAACGAGUUGGUAUUGGUUGUAGCGAGGAAAUGAACACUUUAUUCAGGUUUUGGUCAUACUUUUUACGGACGAACUUCAAUACGUCCAUGUAUCAGGAGUUUAAAAAGCUCGCUGAGGAGGACGCUGCGGCCAAGUAUAAUUAUGGAAUGGAAUGUUUGUUUAGGUUUUACAGCUAUGGUCUAGAGCAGAGGUUCAAACAGGAUAUGUAUGACGAUUUUGAGAGGCUCACUCUGGAUACAUACAAGAAAGGCAACCUUUACGGCCUUGAGAAGUAUUGGGCAUUCCAUUAUUACCGUAAAGACAAAAGCAAGAUGCCAAUUCCCAAACACCCGGAGCUGGAGCGGCUACUUAACGAAGAAUUCCGAACUAUGGCUGAUUUUCGCAAAGCAAAAGAAAAAUUAGCUCAGGAGGUGAAAGAAAAAGAAAGUACAUCCGUUGAGGGGUCAUCUUCUGAGAAGAGCUCAAGUGUAGCGCCCAUUCCAUCGUAGCAGAUGCGCUGAGGAGGUGCACUUCACUCAUCUUCGCGUUGCUUAAAUCUAGGUUUGGCUUGGCUUGCUGUUGAUUAAUUGCAAGUUGACAUGCCUGAGCUCCUUCGGGAUUACAUUCCUGUCACUGCUAUCAUUCUAAAAUCUAUCCAUCAUGCUGGAAACCUCAACGUGUUGGUAAUCAAAACUUCGAGCUGUGUAGGGGUUGCAAGCAACCCGGCUAUUAGUGGUAGUUAGCUAUUGAAACCAUUGUUUAAGGCUAGUGGCAUUGUGAAGAGGUUAUGUUUUUUUUAGUAACAUCCAAAUUUUUGAUCACUAAGAAUCUUUGAGGUGCCCUUGGAAGGUUUGGUGCCAUGUUGUUGCUACCUAUGCAAUCCUUGUUUGGUAAAUAUAUACUGGCAGCUUCAUUCUGAUGCUGCGACGCUUAUCUCCUGGA